AUUGCUACCAAAUAAAUUUUAGAGGAUGUUCUCCCGCAAAUGUCAUAAAAUCUUGUUAAAUUUUGCUACAAAUUCAAAAUUUAAUAGGAAAAUUUCAAUUUCCAGUAAACGUUUAUUUUUUAUAGUUAUAUAAAUAGUUUACAAAUACUAGAGAACACAUAUAGAUAUUAUAUUGUAGAUACUAUAUCCAUAAUAUAAAUAUUCUACACUAUUUAGUUUCUGGACAAAAGUCAAACGGGAGAAUUUAUCCAUCUUUCAGCUCAAAGUCUUUAGCUAACUUUUUAGCGAAAAAGUAAGAAAGGAUAAUUAUAAAAUAGAUUAAAAAAUUGUCCACUGAAUUAUUAAAGAACAGGUAAUUUUUCAACAAACAACACCAAUGAAAUUACCAAAAAAGCAGUAAGGUUCUAUGUCAAGUUCUUUUUGAAGCUUAAAUUAAAAGAGAUCAACGUAUUUUGCAGAUUGUAAUCGGCGGAACAAACGUCGAUUUCACUGCAGUCUUUGGAACAUCUAACGUCAAAGUAAUACUUAUUAAACAAAGAAUUUUUAAUUAUUUAAUCAACUUGAUCACUAGGAAGAUGGCGCUACAUAUCCAGGUACUGUUAGAUAUAACUUUGGUGGAGUUGGAAGAAACUUAGCUGAUUGCUUGACGCGACUGAAUGCCAAUAUACAAUUUAUAUCCGCCAUCGGAAAUGACUAUUUUGGCGAGAGCAUUUACAAUAAAUGUAAUCACAUGAACUUUGACAGCAUUCUGAGGUCAGAAACAAAUCGAACAGCAACCUAUUGUGGUGUAUGUAAAAGCGAUGGAGAGGUUUUGAAUGGUAUUGGUGAUUUCGAUAUUCACCAGAUAAUCACUCCAGAUUACUUGCAAACCUUUGAAACAGAAUUAAAAGAAGCUAGUUUGGUGUUUGUUGAUGGCAAUAUUCCAAAAGAAUCAAUAUCGUAUAUAUGCAACGUUUGUCAAAAAGCAAAUACUCCUGUUUGGUUUGAACCAACCGAUUUGAAUUUGGCUUAUAAAGGAUUGAAUUGCAAUUUUACUUAUACGUCACCAAAUUUGGAUGAAUUGAGGGCCAUGUCUCCAAGUCCGCAACCUUUAGGGAAGUUAUUUAAAAAAGACAAUGUUAAUCUGGCCGCAUCACUGGGGAAUAAUUUGUUAAACUCCAUUCCAAAUAUAUUAAUAACUUUAGGAAAACAUGGUGUUCUGCUUUGUCAAAGAAAUGAGGUAUCAUUCAACAAAAGAACAUUUAGGUACUUUCCGGUUAAAGAGUGUACAAACGUUGAAAAUGUUCUAGGAGCGGGAGAUUGUUUGGCUGCAACGUUUGCCUAUCAUCAUAUUUUACAAGAUAUGGACGUAAUAAGUUCAAUGCAAUUGGGGUUAUUGGCUGCUCAAAUAUCGUUGACGUCCAUAGAGGCUGUUUCAGCAAGUAUAGUUAAUAUCAAUUUAGAGAAAUCUAAGGCAAUAUUACUUGAAAUGGAAACCAUAGCAAUUGAAUAA